AUGGGUCACCGGUCGCAUCUUGACCCAGACGACGAGCGUCUGCCAGAAGGCAUCUCCCGCGUUGGCUAUGACGCCGACACCGAGUCCUACACCUUCCAAGACAGGUCCGGCGCCUAUUGGGAGGGCAAGCCUGGCCGGCGAUACGGCCCCCUGAGGCGCGUCCACACAUCACCAAAUGUCCGAACGGCGCCCCCCGACGCACCGCACAUGACUCGAGUCGACGAGCCAGCAAGGGACGCACGUGAAGGUGGUGUAUCUGAGGACGAAACGGGGCUUUGUCAAGGGCCGCGAGUCGAAUCCAGGGACUGGGACGCCGGGAGGUGCUGUGAGAAGCACAAAGCGACGUGGGAGGAGAAACACCAUCGCACCGUGACACGGCGUUUCUCCAGGCUCGCCGGGUACUUGCGCGGCUCGCUUCCUGAGCGCAAGACGGCCACCCGCGGUCUACGCGAGAAGACGUUUCCCAUGUCCAAGGGCGGCACCAGCAUGUCAUCACGGUCGUGGGCGUUGGAUAGAGCUGUGACCUUUGACGAAAUCUUGGCGCGGCACACGGAUGUGGAAUGCUGCACCCAACGUAGCAAGAUGAAAGGCCGCUAG